GAGUUUGACACAUAAUCCUUUGUCUCCUUAUAGAAUCCUGCGCUUUCUUGCAUGAGUGCUUAAGGAACAAUCCCCGCUUGUUAAGGAUGAUGUUCUAUUUGUGUCCCUUAAGCUUAGAAUUAUACUAGUCAUCGAGUUUGGUGAAUUCUGUCUUUUUGAUCCCUUUAACGAAACCCAACCUUAUUUCCAUGAGGUUUCGAAGCACUAGAUUUUGAAAAGUGCUUUUGUAAUCUAAUUUGUCCCCUAUAUUUGCAAGUUUAUUGACCUUUUUGUAGCUACAUGAUAUAUAUAUAUAUAACAACUUUGUUCCGAAGACAGUUGUAUCUUGUUUUCUAAGCUUGCAAGGCUAGUAUUCUUCGUAUCUACUUCUUCUUAGAGGUAUCUUUGACUGAUAUGGCAGGGAACACCAGUCAUUGAGGUUUUAGUGAGAGAGAUCACUGUCCUAAACAAGAAAUAGUUCAAGGAAGCGAAGGUUUACAGUUUGAUUGGAAUACUUGAAAUACAAAUCGAAGAAAUGGAAAGUGGACUUUAUUCUGCUUUUAAGAGUACUUCGAUGCUAGAAUAUUUAGAGGAGGACCAAGAGCUGAAACCUGCAUCUUCACUGCCAGCGAUUCCUCAACCACAGACACCAAGAGAGCCUAUGGAGUUCUUAUCAAGAUCCUGGAGUCUCUCUGCUUCAGAAAUCUCAAAAGCUCUGGCUCAGAAGCAGAAAGAGUUUUUCACUGAAAAGAAUCCCGAUACAUUUCCAGAGACAAUUGUGGCACAACAAUCAUCAGGGAAGGUGGUAAACUCAAAAGGAGGUUCAAGGACAGGAUCAAUAGGAAAAUGGUUCCACCACAAGGAAUCCAGUAGCAGUGCAGUGAAGAAGAAAGACAAAGCACGCACGGAAAAUGCGCAUAUGCAUUCUGCUGUAUCUAUAGCUGGACUAGCUGCGGCAUUGGCUGCCGUGACAGCUGCCGGAAAUUCCAGUGGUUCCAGCUCCAAAAUGAGCAUGGCUUUGGCCUCAGCUGCAGAACUCCUUGCAUCACAUUGCAUAGAAUUAGCAGAAUCAGCCGGAGCUGAUCAUGAUUGUGUGGCUUCUGUUGUGAGAUCAGCAGUAGAUAUUCAAAGUCCAGGUGAUCUAAUGACCCUUACCGCCUCCGCGGCAACAGCUUUGAGAGGAGAAGUAGCUUUAAAAUCAAGAUUACCAAAAGAAGCAAGAAGGAAUGCUGCUAUAAGUCCUUAUGAUAGGGGGGUGGCGGAUACUCACUGGACUUCUUCUUCAAAUGGUCCAUUAGAAGAACAGGGUCCUCCCUGUGUUGGUGAACUCUUGCAACACACAAAGAAAGGAGUGAUGCGAUGGAAACAUGUCACCGUGUACAUUAACAAGAAAUCCCAGGUCCUAACUAAGAUCAAAAGCAAACACGUUGGAGGAGCCUUGUCCAAGAAGCAAAAAGGUGUUGUUUACGGAGUCUGUGAUGAGACAACAGCAUGGCCAUAUAGAAAAGAAAGGGAAACUGGUACUGAGGAAUUCUAUUUCGGCAUUAAAACAGCACAAGGUCUACUGGAGUUUAAGUGCAAGAACAAAAUUCACAAGCAGAGGUGGGUUGAUGGUAUACAGAGUCUUCUUCGACAAGUCAGCAGUGUUGAAGAAACUGACCACUCCCUGACAUGUUUAAGCAUAAACGAUGGUGCCUAGUAUAUGAUCGGUGUUUGUAUAUUUGCUCCGAGAAUAGAGCAGAUGAUGGUUUUGUUCAAUGAAGUAUAGAGUGACAGCGGUAUACGAGUGAUAUUACAAAUGAAAAUCCCCAUUUUGUACAAUUUACCUAUGCAAUGUAAGAAACGCACACACCGUUCUCUUAUGCAGUCCCCGAACUCGGAAGGACUCUUUUGUUCAA